AUGAAGCAGUACACAACGCAGGAAGUCAUGGAUUGGGUAAACACCCGAAAAUCAUCACUCGACACUUAUGGUAGUUUGUACACGGGUGCCUACGAGGCGUACAAGCUUGGUAAGGAGAUGCUUGAUAAGGAAACAACAUCCUCGAAGACCAUAAUUGUGACGUCGGAUGGACAGCAUUCUAACUGCAAAGGCAGCAGCGCUGGUGAUAGUACUUAUGCGUAUCCUAAGCCCUGGGAGUUUGAUAUAGCCAAAGAAUGGCGACAGUCCGGAGCUACGAUAAUAUACGUAGUAGUUGGCGGUGGCUACUAUACAAGUAAUGUUCAAGAAAUCGUUGGCUAUGAUGACAAACACAUUCUAUACGUUAAAGACCACAAUCAACUGAAUAAGAACAUUAUUAAUGAUGUGGUUCAUUUAAUGUGCACUCCUCAGUUCAACUAA